UCAUUGUUGUUUGGAAACAACAAACGAACACCGGCGCAUCGAAUCAGUCUUGUCUUAUAUUAGUGGAAAUACAUUUUAAACCUCCGAACCAUGUUACCCCAGCAUAGUCUUCGAGUUCUACGCCACACAGUAUUGCUCAACAGAACGUGCCGCUGUUUUUCUUCGCCAUCAGAAACCAUCCGGACGCAGUACAGUAAUGUCGAUCAGCGUGAAGUGGACAAUCUUUCCAAACAAUCUACCGAAUGGUGGGAUCCCCAGGGACCGAUCCGUGGGUUACAUGCGAUGAACGCCCUGCGUGUUCCGUUGAUUCGCGAUGGAUUAAUCACGACCGGUGCCGUGGAGAAGCCGCUUGUCCAAAAACCUAAUGUUCUCGCCAAUUUAAACAUUCUUGAGGUGGGUUGUGGUGGAGGAAUCUUGACCGAAGCACUUGCCAAACUGCACUCAAAGGUGGUCGGUAUCGAUCCUAGCGAAAAGCUUAUCAACGUGGCAAAGCAACAUGCCAAAGACGACCCAUCACUUGACCCGGAACAGAUCCAGUAUCAUGUGGAAACCAUCGAGCAACAUGCAGCUAAAAAUGCUGAACGAUAUGACGCAGUGGUAGCUUCGGAGGUAUUGGAGCACGUGAACGACAAAGUGGCGUUUAUUGAGCAGUGUCUUGGUGCUCUGAAGCCGGGAGGAUCAAUGUUUAUAACCACCAUCAACAAAACGACUCCUUCGUGGUUGGGGGCGAUAGUUGGAGCGGAACAAGUUUUCAAACUAGUCCCGGAAGGAACACAUGACUGGGAUAAGUUUAUAUCGCCGCUUGAUGUGCAACGAAUUCUCUCGAGUUACAACUGCAACACUAUUCUGGUUCACGGAAUGUUUUAUCAGUUUUGGUCUAAUCGGUGGUGCUGGACGAAGAACACCGACAUAAAUUAUGCCCUGCAUGCAGUUAAAAUGAGAGAAGAGUAAGUGUUGUAAAAC